UAUUUAUUUUUACAUUUUUUUAUGCAUUUCUACAUUUCUACAUUUAUUUAUUGCUGUAUUUAUGUGUCCGUAUGUUAAUAAGGUAGGCGGCCCCAACCUCUCUCAAUGCAGGAUUGGUCAACUAGGCAAACCAAUCAGAACAACCCUUAGAAACCAGUCAAUACGGUAUUGGUCAACCAGACAAACCAAUCAGAACCGCUGAUAGUCAGCGUGGCACACAACAAUAUAGCUGUUUACCACCUAGCACAUGGCGUCGAAUGGAAGACCACUAGCUGACCUGCUGCGGGAUGUAGCUAACCAGCUUGAAAACAGACUGGAUGCCGUAAGCGCCCCAAGUUCCACUCCUCCGCCUCCUACACCCCCUACGCCCCCUACACCCAGACAUCCAGUGGACGCUGAGGUUUUACGACUGUUCGGCCCAUACACAAACGGAGGGAGAAGGUCUAAUGUUACAGGUCGGCGAUCCCUUGCUGUGCCCGCACAACUGAGUUCUUACACUCACGUGUUCUGCUGUCUUGAUGACAAGGUGGAAGAUCUAGUCCCUAAUCGUUGUGCUAAACAAAGACUUACUGCUGCUGGAUUAGGGGAGAAACGUCUUACAUUUCAAGGAAGUCAGUCAAGCCCACAUGAAUUUAAUGACUUUCUUUUAACUGAGUAUCCAAAACUUAGACAAGGUGGAGGAUUUGAAUUGCUUAAAAUUGCUGGGACAACACGAAGUCGCCAACUGACCCUCAUUCCAUGUCCCAAUGAGGGCUAUAACAUUAAAUAUCUAAAAAAUCCACAAACCCAGAUUGGUCAUGCCACCAUUUUUAUUCGACCACUGCAGAGAAACCUGAACCUCGAGCCUGUAAGUUUUUUCAUUUUAAAGCUCUGUUGUUGCCUCCUUCAGCCUGUGAUACACUGCACGAUUUCUGUGGUCCUAUGUUGUACAGUAAGAGAGGUGUAAAGACGGCCGUUUUCUCGUUCUUGUGACCAAAGAUUGUCAGAAAACUAUCAUAGGUUGUGUCAGAAAAUCAGCAUGAUCAACGCACAGUUUGCUGCUACGACCUGUGUAUCGGUAUUUGUUUACCAUUUGCACAUGCUGGUGAUGUUGCAAUAAUGUGUGUUGCAGCCGUCACAGUCUACGAUUCAAUAGGUGUCAUCAUCAUACAGUGCUUGUCGUACUCAAGUUUAAACUAUCCAUAUUGCACAGUGUGAUAAGGUAAUGAUCUUAUAGGAUGGCAAAAACGUGCAAUGUAUACCAGCGUUUAAAAAGUGAAUUCGAAAAACAGUCACAUCAGUAUUGUUAAAUUCUAAAAUAAUUCCUU